AUGUGGUCCAUCCAGAAGGAGCUCUCCUGUCCCAUCUGCCACGAUACUUUUAAGGACCCUGUCCUCCUGUCCUGUAGCCACAGCUUCUGUGGCGCCUGUGUCCAGGCAUGGUGGGGGACCAAACGAGUCCGGGAAUGUCCCGUGUGUAAGGCGGUGUCUCCAACCGGAAAACCACCUCGCAACCUGGUGCUGAAGAACCUGUGCGAGGCCUAUCUCCUGGAGGUGGGGUCCGGGCUCGUCUGCAGCCUGCACUCCGAGAGGCUGAAGCUGUACUGCCUGGACCACCGGCACCCCAUCUGCGUCGUGUGUCGGGACUCGCGGCAGCACAGUCACCACGCGUGCGCGCCGGUGAGCGAGGCCGCCGGGCUGCGCAGGAGCGAGCUCCAGGAGGCCCUGAGGCCCCUGCGGGAGAAAGUGAAACUCUUCACUGAGAUGAAGGAGAACCUUGUAAAAACGACCGAGGAGAUGAAGGCUCAAACUCGGGACACAGUGGAGAAGAUAAAGGAGGGGUUCAGGGCGCUCAGGGAGUUUCUGCUGCAUGAGGAGAUAUCCAGGAUCGCGGCGCUGACGCAAGAACUGCGUUUCAAGUCGAACAUGAUGAAGCGCAGCUUCGACGUCUGGAGCUUGAGGAUACAGCUCAUGGAAAAAACCAUCAAGAGCAUGGAGGAAGCGAUGCGGGAUGAAGACACGUCCUUCCUGCUGAGAGCCGAUGCCCUGACGAGGGAAGUCCAGCUCUCCCUGCCGGAUGACCCGAAGCUGGCGACGGGAUCCCUGAUCGACGUGGCCAAACACCUGGGGAACAUGAGCUACAGCGUGUGGUGCAACAUGAAGGAGAAAGUGUCGUGCACCCCUGUGAUCCUCAACCCCAACACCGCCCACCGAGAGCUCCAGCUGUCCCAGGGUCUGACCAGCGUGAGCUGCGGACCGAAACUGCCCCUCAUGGCUCUGACGCACAGCCAGCCGGAGAGGAUGAACCAGCACCGCAGCGUCCUGGGCUCCAGGAGCUACAGCACAGGGACUCACAGCUGGGACGUGGACAUCGGAGGCAACCGGGAGUGGGCGCUGGGUGUGAUGGCGCAGGAAGCCCAGAGGAAGGGAGACAUACCGUCCGGGUUGUGGAUGCUGAGGUUCAGCCGCGGUAAAUUUACGGCGUUCUCCCCGUCGCGCCAAACGCCUGUCCCCGCACCGAGGGGCGAGCUGCGGACGGUCAGUGUGCACCUGGACCUGGACCAAGGAAAGCUGACCUUCUCUGAUGCUGACACCGACACCGUCAUACACACCUUCAGGCACUCAUUCACCGACAUAAUGUUUCCAUACUUCAACACCUGGAGCGACGUCCCGCUGAAGAUCCUGCCCCUAAAACUGUCUGUGGCAGUCUGA